UCUGAAGAUACUCUAGCAGAAAUGUAUGUUCCUGAGGCUACAUCUUUUCACACAUCCACAAUCAUUUUAUCAUAAAUUCUAGAGCUGGAAACGCUAAGUCUAAUGUUAUAUAUAUCUGUGUUAUAUAUCUGUCACCCAGGCUGGAGUGCAGUGGUGCUAUCUCAGCUCACUGCAACCUCCGCCUCCUGGGUUCAAGCCAUUCUCCUGCCUCAGUCUCCAAGUAUCUGGGACUACAGGCGCGCGCCACCACACCCGGCUAAUUUUUGUAAUUUUAGUAGAGGCGGGGUUUCACCAUGUUGGCCAGGCUGGUCUCGAACUCUUGACCUCAAGUGAGCCACCCGCCUCGGCCUCCCAAAGUGCGGGGAUUACAGGCGUGAGCCACCGCGCCCGAACUGUUACAUAUUUUUAAGACUUCUGAUCCAUAUUGCCAAACAGUCCUCUGGAUCGAUUUGCAGCUGUAUCCGCUGCUCCAUCUGCAGUAUACGGACGUGUUCCACUUCACCCACACUGGGUCAUUAAAAGAACAAACAAAAAUAAGAACUUGAUCGAUUUGGGAUUUUAAAUGGAAAUGCACUAAAAAUUCCUUAAUUCCACCAUUCACCGUCUACCAUGGAGGAACAGCCCAUCUGCACGGAGAGACAGCUACGUAAUACACUGCAGCAUUGUAAUACUGAAAAAUAAAAAUGAACGAAAUGUUCCUUAACCGAGGAACGGCCGAAUGACCAAGGUCUCCACUCCGCGGAACGUUCUGCGAGCGCUAAGAGGAUGGCGGGAGUGCAAGAUUUGGAGCGGACGGUGAGAAAGACAAGCUUCCGCCGCCUCUCCGUUUUGGCAACCCGGCUGUUCGUCAAGUUUCGGCUUCUGGGGCCAGCCGUCGGUCUGGGCGAGGGACACAGAUCCGGAUUCGCAUCCUGACCGGCCAACCGACGCUGGCCGAGGUGACCACGCUCCUCGGCAUCCGCACCUGCCCUCCGCAGGGGACCCCGCAGCCCUCUCCAGGGCGUCAAAGAGGCCGGACCCUUGGGUGCUAGGGCUCCUGAGCGCCGGGGCCAAGUUUCCGAGUGCCGCUCUCAGCAGCGCACCAACCGGAAGUGGCCGUCUUGUGGCGGAAGGAGGCGCUUUCUGGGAGUAGCCGGUGCUGAGAGAACCGUGGCUGGCAAAGAUGAUUCAGGCGAUUCUGGUUUUCAACAACCAUGGGAAGCCGCGGCUAGUCCGCUUCUACCAGCGUUUCCCAGAAGAAAUUCAACAGCAGAUUGUUCGAGAGACUUUCCAUCUAGUCCUCAAGCGGGAUGACAACAUCUGUAACUUCUUGGAGGGUGGAAGUUUGAUUGGUGGCUCUGACUACAAACUGAUCUACCGGCACUAUGCUACCCUCUACUUUGUAUUUUGUGUGGAUUCGUCAGAGAGUGAACUUGGAAUCUUGGACCUCAUACAGGUUUUUGUGGAAACUCUGGAUAAGUGUUUCGAAAAUGUGUGUGAAUUGGAUUUGAUCUUCCAUAUGGAUAAGGUGCACUACAUCCUCCAGGAGGUGGUGAUGGGUGGGAUGGUGUUGGAAACAAACAUGAAUGAAAUCGUGGCUCAGAUUGAAGCUCAGAACAGGCUGGAGAAAUCCGAGGGUGGCCUUUCAGCAGCCCCUGCGCGGGCUGUGUCUGCUGUGAAAAACAUCAACCUGCCAGAGAUUCCUCGGAACAUCAACAUUGGCGAUCUCAACAUCAAAGUUCCCAACCUGUCCCAGUUUGUCUGAGGGUCAAGGAUUGGGCUGAAAUAGAGUCCUUAAGACAAGCAAAGACAAGCACGUCUGGAAACAGAACCCAUUUUGAGCCUUAGAAGAGUCAAGCCUCAGGACCCGGAACCUUUGUGUCUGGGGAAGACUGUUUGGCAUGGAAUAGGGAAGGGAUUCCUAUUGACACUUCUCGGAUGCACCCAGUUCUCACAUGUGCAGCCAUGCCGUUCUCUGAUGCACACGGCCACUGCAGAUGUGAGGGGCUCUGCCUUCCUCAGCAGGGAGUCAGCAUGCCCAAGUCACUUGCACCUUUACCUCUCACAUGGAUGCUCCCAAGGGUUAGGGACUGCAUUGAGCAGGCCCACCUGCUUCCCAGAACCUCCUCACCAGGGCUGAGCACCUUCUCUGACUAGAGUCUUCAUCCUCAGCACCACAGACUUCUGAGGUCCUGUGCCCUUUACUUGCUGGUGAGGUGUCAUAGGUAGAAAAGGGCUGGCCCUUCAGAUUUGGGGGUGUGAGUGGCAAAUAAGGGCAGAAUUUUAGGAGAACCAGAGUCACCCGCUGGCUCUACUGAGAUUGUUACACCCAGAAUCCUUUUUUGUUUGUUUGUUUGUUUGUUUUUGAGAUGGAGUCUUGCUCUGUCACCCAGGCUGGAGUGCAGUGGUGCAAUCUCGGCUCACUGCAACCUCUGCUUCCCGGGUUCAAGCAAUUCUCCUGUCUCAGCCUCCCCAGUAGCUGGGAUUACAGGCGCCCACCACCAUGCUCAGCUAAUUGUUGUAUGUUUAGUAGAGACAGGGUUUCACCAUGUUGGCCAGGCUGGUCUCGAACUCCUGGACCUCAAGUGAUCCACCCGCCUUGGCCUCCCAAAGUGCUGCCAUUACAGGUGUGAGCCACCAUGCCCGGCCACCAGAAUCCUUUUGUAUAGCCAAGCCUUUUGGUUACCGCCUCAUGAAGAAUAUGCUUCCCGCACUGUCCUAGUCCCAGUUGUAUUCUUACAGGUGUUAUGUGCAGGACACAAUCCAAAUCAUAAACCUGGCUCAUGCCCAGCACAUUUUUGCUAAUAGGGAGAGGGACCCACCACACACCCACACAUGCCAGAGGUCCCUCCUCACAGAGGAGAGGCCCUGUGUCUGUAGAAGGUUAAAGCUGGCAACAUGUGAAACAUCCCAGAAUUAUGACUCUUCCCAAGUUUAAAAUACAUUCUCCUCAUGAGAGCAGAAGGUUUGUUGCUGUGUUGUGAAUGAUGAGCUGCCUCCAUAGGGAACCCACUACCACCUGGGCCAGCUUCUGGAGCAUGAGAACCUGAGCCAGGGUCACCCUUUUGGGGCCUGGACAUGACGCAUGCUGGCUGCAACUAGGAGCAGGGCUGCCUCUUCUCCCUCCCCGAGCUCUGCUUGUGGGCACGCCCUGUUCCCUCAGGUGCCAUUCUCCUAGAGCUUAGGCGCCCAUAAAUGUUCUUUCUGUGGUGGAGUAGGGCCUCCUGCUUGCAUACUGUCGCAUGGGCUAGAUCUCAGGUAUGGUGUUGAGCCACCUUAAGAUGAGGGCUGCUUUGCGGUAAAGUUGCCAGCCUGGGCCCCUCUUGGGCCUUCUGGCUGGGGACCCUCAGCCUCCUGAUGCUGUUGCAGGGCAGGUCUGAGAGGGUGCCCAGCAGCACCCGGUGUCGGGGCCACCUCGUUUUCCAUUUUUGAACAGCGCUCCCUGUGGUUUGUGCCUGCUGCUCCAUACAGCCUCUGAUCCUCACUCUUGAAAGCUCCAUGAUAAGCGCAGAGAUGGGCAGUGUGGGUCAGAAGGUGGGCCGCUUACUGUGGAAGAGGGAAGUGUAGGUGAAUAGAUGUCAAAACCCCUGAUCUCAUUCUUUUGAAGGGUUGGAUUUUCUUUUUUCUGGCAGACAUUUCAGUACAUUCACAUUUCUCUCACAUUUGCUGAAUGUGAAAUCAGAAUAAAGGAGAUCAGUUUAUUUUGUACCUUCUGUAA